AUGGCGUACGCCACUCCCAUCACCACGCGAUCUUCCAAGACUCCCGUCGAGGACUCCGAGCUUCUGUUCCAGUUCAGCACUCCGUUCAGCACGCUGGGUUCUGCCGAGGUAACCGAGCCCGACGACGCGACGCUGUAUUCCACAUCCCACGCCAGCACCCUCGUUAGCGACCUGGGCGACCGCGCCAGCCUGCCGAGCCUGCCCGAGCACCGCCACUCCGUGGGCGGCAGCGGCGGCGACGUUACGUCGCACCACGCACAGCCUGCGGCCGCAGUGGCGGCCGCAGCCUUCGCGGGCCAUCGCGCCACCGACCCGCGCCACUUGCUGGUGUCAGCGUUGCCCCGCUCCGAGGCUCGGGCGGCUCCGGCCGCGGCUGCCGCCGCGCCCCGUCGCGCCAGUCAUCAGCCCGUCAGCCAGUCUCGGCUUUUCUCCAAGUACAACAAUUACCUCGGCGACGCGCUCAGCCCCGCCGAGCGCCGCACAGAGCGCGGGCCCGCGCCGUCUCCGGAGCAGCUCCGCGAGUUGGAGCGCAUGGUCGAGCAGAUCUGGCUCCGCGACGGCAGCCUCACCGAGGACAUGUUUGAAGACUCGUCGGACGAAGAGCACUAG